AUGUACUUGGUUCAAGUACAAGAUACGGCAGGUACCCCACAACCCAUCUACAGCCUUAUCUACACCUACGAUGGAGAGUAUCUUAUAGCAACUGCAGGUGUUGAGAUUUUAAUCUACCAUUCCACAACUGGUGAACUUCAAAAAACGCUCAAAGGCCACAAAGAUGCCGUGAUAUGUCUAUGUCCACUAAAGGGAAACGGCUUCGCAUCAGGUGGUGCAGAUAAGCAGGUGAUUAUUUGGAACAACAAGUGGGAAGGAACGCUCAAAUACUCACAUAACGAUACCAUCCAAUCCGUGUCGCAAAAUCCUGUCACUGGAAUGGUUCUGUCCUGUACUGCUUCAGAUUAUGGAUUAUGGACUCCAGACAUUAAAGCAGUAAACAAAACAAAGGUUCCAUCAAAAAUUUUGUGUAGUUCUUGGACAUUGGAUGGCCAGCAUUUUGCUCUUGGUCUGUAUAACGGAAAUGUAUCAAUUCGUUCACGUACUGGAGAGGAAAAAGUCCGUAUCGAGCGUGGUUCCUCACCAGUAUGGUCUGUAGCAUGGUCGCCUGCACCAGAACUAGACUUGGACAUUCUCGCUGUUACCGACUGGUCACAAAAACUUUCUUUUUUUCAAAUCAACGGAUGUCAAGUCGGAAAAGAUCGCCAGUUGGGUUACGAUCCAUGCACAGUAUCUUAUUUCCCAACAGGUGAUUAUCUCGUCAUAGGUGGAUCCGACAAAAAAGUCCAUCUGUGGACACCAAAUGGCGUACGUAUUGCUCCCAUCUGUGAUCGCCAAGGCUGGGUGUGGUCUUGCAAAGUCCGACCCAACCAUAAUCACGUCGCAGUGGGCAGUCAGGACGGAACCAUUUCUAUUUACGAAGUGGUGUUAAACAUUGUUCAUGGACUCUACCAUGAUCGAUACGCAUUUCGACAUAAUUUAACAGAUGUAGUUGUCCAGCAUCUUUCAACAGAUCAAAAAGCACGUAUCAAGUGCUGUGACUAUGUGAAAAAAAUAUCUGUAUAUAAAGAUCGACUGGCUGUGCAACUGCCUGAUCGUAUCAUCAUAUACGAGUUGUUUCACGAUGAUGCCGGAAAUAUGCAUUACCGCAUAAAAGAAAAAUUACAAAAGAAUCUAGAAUGUAAUCUACUGGUAGUGACGUCACAGGCCAUCAUACUUUGUUUGGAUCAAAAGCUUCAAAUGUACUCGUUUGUGGGCGAAAAAGAGCGUGAAUGGAAUUUAGAUUCAUCCAUUCGAUACAUCAAGGUUAUUGGCGGUCCAAGUGGGCGUGAAGGAUUACUGUUGGGACUAAAAGACGGUCAUAUACUCAAGGUUUUUGUUGACAGCGCAUUCCCCAUUUCAAUUGUUAAACUACACUCGCCUAUUUGCUGUAUUGAUUUGAAUCUGUCACGAACCAAGCUAGCAGUGAUUGAUGAUCAAAAUACAUGUGUGGUAUACGACAUAAAUACAAAGGAUGUCCUGUUUCAGGAACCAAAUGCAAGCAGCGUUUCAUGGAAUACAGAGGUGGACGACAUGAUGUGCUUUUCUGGUAACGGCAUUUUGAAUGUCAAAAUUGGAAACUUUCCUGCUCAUCAGCAAAAAAUGGAUGGGUUGGUUGUUGGAUUUAAAGGAUCACAAAUCUUUUGCUUGAAUACGUAUCAAAUGACUAUUGUUGAUGUGCCGCAAACGACUGCUAUGGAUCGAUACAUGGAAAAAGAAGAGUUUGAUUCGGCGUAUCAAACAGCUUGUCUAGGUGUUUCUGAGGGAGAUUGGCGAAGAUUAGCACUCGAAGCACUGGAAAAACUGAAUCUAAAUGUAUCUAAAAAAGCGUUUGUUAGGUUGCGAGAUUUCAGAUUUUUAGAAGCUAUAAAGACGAUUGAAAAGCUUAAAAUUGAAGGAGGCAAAGAAAACGAUCUUUUUUUGGCACAGGUGGCUGCAUUUGCCGCAAAAUAUCACGAGGCUGCACGACUUUUUAAACGCGCAGGUCAUGUUCAGCGGGCCGUAGAGAUGUUCACCGAACUAAAUAUGUGGGAAUAUGCUACCCAGCUUGCAGAAGAAACCGAUGGGAAAACUCAAGAUAUUCUUUUGCGUAAAGCACAGAUGCAGGAAGAUCGCCACGAUAUGCUUGCGGCUGCAGCCACGUAUGAAGAGGUUGGCGAUUAUGCCAAAGCUAUCGACAUUCUUGGUCCAGCAGGAUUUGUUGAUCGUCUGAUGGAAAUUGUUCGUAAACUUGACAAACAAGCAACCAAGGAACUUGUGCAAUGUGCGCUGUAUUUUCGUAAGCACAAUCACCAAGCCUAUGCCAUUGAAACUUUUAUAAAAUUGGAUGAUCUGGUUAGCCAGCUGCAAAUGUAUAUCGACAUGCAACAAUGGGAUAAUGCAUUUCGAAUUGGAGACACACAUCCAGAGUUAAACAAGCAAAUUUACUUGCCAUAUGGUCAUUGGCUGGCCAUGAAUGAUCGUUUUGAAGAAGCGCAGAAAUACUAUAUUAAAGCUGGUUGUAUACACGAAGCCAUCCGUGUUCUUAAACAACUAUCCCAAAAUGCUGUGCUUCAACAGCGGUUUGACGAUGCUUCUUUUUAUUACUGGACACUCAGCAAAGAGUAUCUUGAAAUAGUUCCUACUGACUUGGAUGAAAGCCAGCUUAAUCAAACCCAGCGACGUGCAUUUAUGCAAUACAAGAGUUGUAUUGAACUUGCAGAGAUUUAUCAUGCAUAUAAAUCUGUGUUUCGAUUUGUCGAAGAUCCAUUUACGUUCACUUUGCCAGAAUCUCUACUUAAUAUGGCCAAGCAUGUGUAUAUUUUCUGCACAAACAAGUACACUCCAACUGGAAUCAGUAAAGUCUAUGUGCUCUAUACCAUGGCAAAAAUAUCUCGUAAUUUAGGUGGGUUUAAACUAGCACGAUAUGCGCUUGAGCGUCUUAUGCUUAUGAAGGUUCCACCCAAAUGGCAAGACACGCUCGAUUUAGACACUGUGACAAUUCGCAGUAAACCUGUAACAGAUUCAGACGAACUAAUGGUAACAUGCUACCAAUGUUCAAGCAUGAAUCCACCAUUCCAAUCCAAAGCAAAUGCAUGUAUAAACUGUUCCGAGUUGUUUGUUUUGUCAAUGUAUUCGUUUCAUAGUUUACCGCUCGUUGAAUUUGUGUUGGAUGCAGGCAUCUCGGAUCAAUUGGCAGAAAAGUUGAUUUUUACAGAUUUAAACAAGGAAAACGGUGCUAUCAAUGACCAAGGAAGAUCUAGACCGAAUGAUGAAGUAAAAGGAAGUGCUCAGUCUGCUAUUGAGCAACAGUUGGCCACCAUGCCACUCCAAACAAAACGUGGAUCAAACCUAAUUGAAAACCCAACUACACAUCCAAAGUACUCUCGUCAACAGCUACAAAAUUUAACCAAGUACCAAGUGUUUGUGCGCAAAAGUUUGCAUCGAUGUGUACCUGUGAGAUACUUUUAUCGCGUUCAAUCCGAUACAAGAGUUGCCAUGUGUAGUUCUUGUAAUAUGUUUUUCUAUGAAGACGAAUGGAUCUCUGAAGUAUUGUCUUAUGGUAAAUGUCCAUUUUGCAGAUCUAAAUCUAGUAUUUCCGAAUGA